UUUUGCAGGGCUUGUGGAACUAUUCGAAGAUAUUACUCGAUUUCCUUGAUUCCAUAAUUAAAUUGCUGAAAAGUAACUCGCAGAAAGCAUUCGGCCGUCAGAAGCUUGAAGGUUAUGAUCAGUCAGGAGCGGUUGGCGUUCCAGUGAAUUGAACUUCUUUUAGAUGUCAUCUAGCGGUAGUGCAGUCGGACAGCUGAAUUCCCUUAAGCCCUUAUCUUUGGAGGCCACGUCAGUUUCGGUCGCAGGAGCCAAUAUAUCUGACAGUCCUCCUACGAAGAUGAUGAAACUUCAUACUGGUGUGGCUGUAGAAUACUCCAGUGCGUCUGGUGGAGGCCUCGACAAUGGAACUGUGAAUGCACAUAACGGUGUUGCGAUGGCGCAGAAUGGCUCCGCGAAGGCAGGGGAGGCUAAAAUUGACGAAGCGCUGUACUCCCGUCAAUUGUACGUAUUGGGUCACGAGGCCAUGAGGCGCAUGGCGAGUUCCGACGUUCUCAUUUCCGGAAUGAAUGGGCUUGGUGUGGAAAUCGCGAAGAAUGUUGUCCUCGGAGGUGUGAAGUCCGUCACUCUCCAUGACGCCCGGGAUUGCACGUGGCAUGAUCUUUCUUCGCAGUUCUUCUUGAGGGAAGAAGACAUCGGCAAGAAUCGUGCCCUUGCCUGCGUUGAGCGAAUUUCUGAGUUGAAUUCGUAUGUGCCAGUAUCUGCUCACACUGACGCAUUGACGGACGAUAUUGUGCGGAAAUUCAAAGUCGUCGUUCUGUUAGAUUCAACUUUGGAUGAGCAGCUCCGCAUUUCUGAAGUUGCUCAUCAAAAUGACAUUGCCUUCAUCGUUGGCGACGUUAAGGGCCUGUUCGGCCAAAUCUUCACUGAUUUUGGGAAGAAGUUCCAUGUUUCGGAUGUUAACGGGAAUGAACCGACGUCAGCCAUGCUUUCAUCUAUAAGCCGUGAUAAAGGGGGCCUCGUCACCACACUGGACGAUGCGAGGCAUGACUUCGAGGAUGGUGAUUACGUAACUUUCACUGAGGUCAAAGGAAUGGUGGAACUCAACAAUUGCGAACCCCGGAAGAUCACAGUUGAGGGUCCGUACACAUUCUCGAUUGGAGAUACGUCGGGCCUCAGUGAAUACGAAAGAGGAGGGAUUGCUCUGCAAGUGAAGCAAGGCAUGGACCUUGAAUUCAAACAGAUGCGUGAGGCUAUUCGUGAUCCAGAUUUCGUCACGACGGAUUUUGCAAAAUUCACAAGGCCCGGAUUGUUGCAUCUUGCUUUCCGAACCCUUCAUCGUUACGUUGCCGAUCAUGAAGCUCUUCCGGCUUCGUACUCCGUGGAUGAUGCGGAGAAAUUUAUCAUGCUGGCUAAGGACUUGAACCAGGAGCAUAAUGGUGCCGGGAACGCAGUCGUAUCAGAUUCAGAUUGGGACGAAAAGGUGCUCAGAUCUUUUUCGUAUCUCAGCCGAGGAAACGUUGCUCCAAUGAGUGCAGUGAUUGGUGGCAUUGUGGCCCAAGAAGUAAUGAAAGCCUGUUCUGGGAAGUUCCACCCUAUCAAGCAAUGGCUUUAUUUCGAUGCCUUGGAAUGUGUGAGUGGCGUCACGCCGGCCGGAGUCGGAGAAGGAGAGGAUGAAAUCAUGACACCUUCUGGAGAGUUUGAAUCGUCGAACAACCGCUAUGACGCUCAAACUGCGAUUUUCGGGAAGGCCUUCCAAGAGAAGCUGGCGGAUUAUCACCUCUUCGUAGCUGGUGCUGGAGCUAUUGGAUGUGAACUGCUGAAAAAUUUUGCGAUGAUGGGUGUUGCUGCCGGUGGUUCUGGAAAAAUUUAUGUCACUGACAUGGAUACGAUCGAGAAAUCAAACCUGAAUCGUCAGUUUUUGUUUCGCUCUUGGGAUUUGUCGAAACCGAAAUCGGAUACUGCGGCUUCUGCUGUGAAAACCAUGAACCCCAGCAUUCAUAUCAUCGCGCAUCAGAACAGACUUGGAGCUGAUACUGAAAGAAUUUAUGAUGAUGAGUUCUUCGAGCGCUUGGACUGUGUGGCGAAUGCUUUAGACAACGUUCCUACUCGUACUUACAUGGACCGGCGAUGUGUCUACUAUCGUAAACCUCUCCUAGAAUCAGGAACCUUGGGUACAAAAGGGAAUGUUCAAGUGGUCGUCCCGCACCUCACGGAAAGUUACUCCUCGUCUCAAGAUCCUCCAGAAAAAUCAAUCCCGUUUUGUACUUUGCGUAACUUUCCGAAUGCGAUUGAACACACACUACAGUGGUCGCGUGAUCUCUUCGAGGGUUAUUUCAAAAUACAUGCGGAAAAUGCACAUGCGUACCUGACUGAUCCGAAGUUUAUGGAAAGGACCAUGAAGCUUCCUGGCAGCCAACCCGUGGAAACUCUGCAGAGUGUUAAGAAGUCGUUGAUCGACGAGCGCCCGGCCAAUUUUGCUGACUGCGUUCGUUGGGGUCGCCUUGUCUGGGCUGAAAAUUUUAAAAAUCAAAUCCAGCAACUUCUAUUCAAUUUCCCACCUGAUCAAGUGACAUCAUCUGGUCAACUCUUCUGGUCUGGACCGAAGCGUUGUCCUCAUCACUUGGAGUUUGAUCCGUCUAUUGAAACACAUCGCGAAUUUGUCAUCUCCGCCGCGAAUCUUCGUGCGGAAAUGUAUGGAUUGAAGGGCUCCAGAAAUUGGGAGGAAAUCAGUGCGAUAUUGGAGAAAAUUGAGGUUCCUAAGUUUGUCCCAGUUUCGGGAGUGAGGAUUGCUGUGAAUGACGCUGAAGCUCAAGCUAGUUCUCAGCAUUUCUAUGAUGGCGUGAGACUGGAGGAUUUGGAGAAGGAGCUCCCAAAAGUUGAAGAACUGAAGGAUGUGAGAGUUACUCCAAUCGAGUUCGAAAAAGACGAUGAUACUAAUUUUCACAUGGAUUUCAUCGUCGCUGCCUCAAACUUGCGAGCAGAAAAUUACGAUAUUGCGCCCGCUGAUCGUCAUAAGAGCAAAUUGAUCGCAGGAAAAAUUAUUCCUGCGAUUGCUACGACAACUUCGCUUGUUGCUGGACUCGUUGCGUUGGAAUUGUAUAAGUUGAUUGCGAACAAGGCUCGGUUUGAGGCCGUUGCCAGCAGUGGGGACCGCGCCGAAACGGAGAAAGUCAGGGCAUUGUUUAAGAAUGGAUUCGUGAAUCUCUCCUUGCCGUUCGUCACUUUCUCUGAACCUAUGCCGGCUCCUGUCAAGAAGUACUACGACAAUGAGUGGACGCUUUGGGAUCGUUUCGAUUUGCAAGGCGAAAUGACGCUUCGGCAGUUUAUGGAUUAUUUUAAAGAGAAGCAUCGUUUGGAGAUCACGAUGUUAUCGCAUGGCGUUUGCAUGCUAUAUUCUUUCUUCAUGCCGCCUGCGAAACGAACUGAGCGCAUUGAUCUUCCGAUGUCAGAAAUCGUGCGGAAGGUGUCGAAACGGAAAAUCGAACCCCAUGUGAAAGCUUUGGUAUUCGAGCUGUGUGUUAAUGACGAAACGGACGAAGACGUGGAAGUUCCCUACGUGAACUAUCGCUUGCCGGCCAAUUCUGCGAUGGAUGCAUCUCCGGCGAAUUAAUAAUUACUGCUUCCUCUCUGGAUUCCACAGCCGGGUUUUUAAUGCGUAUAUCAGUUCUCGCUGACGAGUCGAGUCUUGUUCGAGUACUGCGACCACGGUUGUUUUUCACCGUCGAUCUUCUAAGCUAGUGAUUUCCAUCGAACGAGAAGUAAUAAGCUAAAAGAGGAACCUUUUCAGGCAACGACCCCAUGUGUCUUAUUUUGAUUCUGCAUUCUUCACUCUCCCUUUGAAUUGCUUCAUCAAACAAACCCUGUCGAUUUAUGCAGUCGUCGUGGCAUUUCGUUGGAAGUGACCGAUAAUGAAUGCAUCUUUCAUCAACUGUGAAAAAGUGUACAGGUUUUUUUUUUUAGGUGUGAUUAUCUCGGUUAAUUAUACAAAUGUCGUAGAUCGGAGAGCUCAUGGCCUUGGGUGUUGACUGUCGUUCGACUAUUCUCUCCGUCUGUUUGUGCACGGGGUUCGUUCGUGAAAUGAUUGCGAAUAAAGCUUCGGAAGAUCCGUGUAAAGUAAA